GAUGUAAUCAAAUCGUAUGACCUGGUGUUCAAUUUUUGAGGGUCGCAAAUUAGAUUACUUGAAAAGGCAACGAGAUCAGAGUCAACGAGACUCUUUCUCUCGAUUUACUUCCGGCCGAAGGCUCUCUUCGUGCUUUCUUGUGAUCGGCGUUUCUUCCUCCCCUCCUCCAAGGAAUGGCAUCAUCUGAUGAUCAAGAAGUUGUUGAGAGGAAAUGGAAUAAGGAAGAAAAGAAGGAAGAUGAGCAUGAAGAGAAAGAGGGUUUUCUUGAGAAAGUCAAGGACUUUAUUCAUGACAUAGGUGAGAAGAUCGAGGGAGCACUAGGGUUUGGGAAACCUACUGCAGAUGUUACCGGGGUUCAUCUUCCAUGUAUCAAUCUAAAGAAGGCAGAUAUUGUUGUCGAUGUGCUGAUUAACAAUCCUAAUCCCAUUCCUAUUCCUCUUAUAGACAUAGAUUACUUGAUUGAAAGUGAUGGCAGAAAGCUUGUCUCUGGACUUAUCCCUGAUGCUGGAACGAUCCAUGCACAUGGUUCAGAGACUGUCAAGAUACCUGUGAGUUUGAUUUAUGAUGACAUUAAGAGCACUUAUCAUGAUAUCAAGCCUGGAAGUAUCAUUCCUUACAGAAUCAGAGUUGCGCUCAUUGUGGAUGUUCCAAUUAUUGGAAGGCUCACCCUGCCUCUGGAGAAGUCUGGUGAGAUCCCGGUGCCAUACAAGCCAGAUGUUGAUGUCGAGAAGAUACGCUUUGAAAAAUUCUCCUUUGAGGAAACAAUAGCAAACCUCCACCUGAAAUUAGAAAACAAGAAUGACUUUGACCUUGGACUCAAUGCACUUGAUUAUGAAAUAUGGCUCUCUGAUGUUAGCAUUGGCACUGCAGAGCUCACUAAAUCUACAAAUAUCCCAAAAAAUGGGAUCACCAAGAUGUUGAUUCCCAUUAGUUUUCGGCCUAAGGACUUUGGUUCUGCUCUCUGGGAUAUGAUCAGGGGAAGAGGAAUUGGUUACUCAAUGAAAGGGAAUAUUGAUGUUGAUACUCCAUUCGGAAACAUGAAAUUACCAAUUGAGAAGGAAGGUGGAACAACCCGCCUCAAGAAAGGUAAAAAGGGUGAAGACAACGAAGACGACGACGACGACGAUGAGGAUUAAGCAGCUGGGACCUGAGUUAAUAAAGAGUGGAACAAUUCGGAUGAUGAUGUUUUCCUGAUUUGCGUGCGAUCUUCGUUGAGUGCUUGCCCAUCUGUUUAAGUGUUUUAUUUUAUGUAAGACCAUGAAUACUAUCUCCUAUUGACUGACGCCUUCCGAAAUUGGGUUAGUAAUAUUUUGGACCUAUGUUAUCUGCA